AUGAAACGGACGAUGUCAAUGGCCGGUGAAUUAGUGCCCAGUGCCCGCAAACGCCGUGACCCACCAGGUGAAGGGGACGAGUCUGACUCCGACACCGACUCUGACUCGGAGGGAGACACAGAUGACGAGGAUGACCAACCACUCAGCAGGAAGAGGAAAGGGGGGGCUGGAGCAAAACCGAUUGGCAGGAAGGCCAAGAAGCCGACACGCCCCUCGCCGGGACUGUUGGGCCCCUCUCCGGAUGUGUGGACCGACAUCGACUUCAAGCUUGAGCCAACAGGCGUUAGUGCUGGGCAGAGAUACCUACUCCAUCAUUCAUUGUUCAGGCCCGCCAAUUUUGAGGCAGUGAAGCGUCACGUCUCGGGUAAAAACAUGACGACCUCCUCAGACAGGAGGAAGGCAUUCGAUGAUGCCACUCAAAGAGCCCUUAGGGCCCUUGAAGCUGGAGACUCACAUGUGGUGCCAGAAUGGGUACCUGAGGCUGACGAUGCUGAUGGCUAUGGACAACGGAAGAAUCCAAAAAUGAGUCCAUGGGUUCCAUUAGUUGAUAGAUUGGAGUUACUGAAUAGAUGGCCGGGGCUUUAUUUUGCAAAGAGAUAUGCAAAGUUUUGGCCCAUGACGAUGGCUCAAUUGCUAAGUCCAGUAGAAAGACCAAACGAGGACGUCGAUUAG